AUGGCGAUUUGUGACAAGGAGGAGGCGGCGCAAUGCCUCCACCAGCUGCUCAUCGUGCCGGAGAGCUAUCCCAAGCUGCAUGAUCGCCCGAGGCUGGCGGCCGCCGGCGCCGGCGUUCUUGGCGAGGUGGCGUCCAUCUUCCGCCUCACCGGGCCAAUGGUUGGCGCGGGGAUACUCCUGUACCUGCGCUCCCUGGUAUCCAUGAUCUUCCUCGGCCGCCUCGGCCAGCUCCCGCUCGCCGGCGGCUCGCUCGCGCUGGGCUUCGCCAACAUCACCGGCUACUCUGUUCUGUCUGGCCUCGCCGGCGGGAUGGACCCCGUCUGCGGCCAGGCGUUCGGCGCGGGGCGGACGGACCUGCUCCGGGCCGCCCUUCGGCGCACCGUCGUGCUGCUCCUGGCCGCGUCGGUCCCCAUCAGCGCGCUCUGGGUGGCCAUGCACCGCGUCCUCGUGGCCACCGGCCAGGACCCGGACAUCGCCGCCACGGCGUACGCCUACAUCCUCUGCUCCCUCCCCGACCUCGCCGUGCAGUGCUUCCUCCACCCGAUCCGCAUCUACCUCCGCGCGCAGUCCGUCACGCUCCCGCUCACCUACGCCGCCGCCGCCGCGCUGCUCUUCCACGUGCCCAUCAACUUCGUCCUCGUAGACAGGCUUGGCCUCGGCAUCCGCGGCGUCGCGCUCGGCGCGGUCUGCACCAACCUCAACUGCCUGCUCUUCCUCGCGGCGUACGUCUGCCUCUCCGGAAUGUACGGUCGCGACGGCGACGGCGGCAUGGCGACGGCGAAAGGGUGCGAGGAGGACGGCGGCGUCGUCAGGGAGUGGUGGAGCCUGGUCCGGCUGUCCGUGCACAGCUGCAUGUCGGUCUGCCUGGAAUGGUGGUGGUACGAGAUCAUGGUGCUCCUCUGCGGCGUGCUCGCCGACCCCAAGGCGGCGGUGGCGGCCAUGGGGGUGCUGAUACAGACCACGUCGCUGAUAUACAUCUUCCCGCACUCUCUGGGCUGCGCCGUGUCCACGCGGGUCGGCCACGAGCUCGGCGCCGGGAGGCCGGACCGCGCGCGCCUCGUGGCGCGCGUCGGCCUCGGCCUCGGCGCGGCGCUCGGGCUGGUGGCGUUCGCGUUCGCGGUGUCGGUGAGGGCGGCGUGGGGGCGGAUGUUCACGACGGAGGACGCCAUCCUGAAGCUGGCGGCCGCGGCGCUGCCGCUGCUCGGCGCCGCCGAGCUGGGCAACUGCCCGCAGACCGCCGGCUGCGGCGUCCUGCGCGGCAGCGCGCGGCCGGAGAAGGCGGCGAGGAUCAACGUCUCGGCGUUCUACGGCGCCGGCAUGCCGGUGGCGCUGGCGCUGGCGUUCUGGCCCGUCGGGCUCGACUUCCGUGGCAUGUGGGGCGGCAUGCUCGCCGCGCAGCUCGUCUGCGCGUGGCUCAUGCUGCGCGCCGUGCUCGGCACCGACUGGGCAGAGCAGACGGAGCGCGCCCGCGUGCUCACCGGCGGCCGCGACGACGGCUACGCCGUGGUCGUCGUCGUCCACGACGACACAGCAAAGCCGCAUGCAGAAAUGGCCAAAUCAGAGGCUGACACCAACACAUUGCUCAUGGCGAUCGAUCGUGUCUAGCAACACCCAAUUCUUGGAUGAUUGCAUCCAUGAUUCUUUAGUUAUAGGUAUUUUUUUUCUUAGUUCUUUUUUUUCUUGUAAUUUUACCGGACUUUUUUUUUCAGGGAUUUCAAGCAAUCAAAAGCUGAACAUUCCCUACAUUUUUUUAGCAUAUUUUUCCUCUUGAAAUGAGGGACCGAAGAAAUGAUAAAUUUACAGUGAAGACAGAGAGCGGCCAGUGUACAAAAGUAGCCACUAUUGCCAUCAGAUUUUUCAUGACAAUGCCAAACUUUUUUUUUCUCCUGGUCUCAGAUCUAUUUGGCCAGAAUGUGCUGGUCUCUAAUAGUGGAAAUUGCAUUUAUUUAAUCUUAGGAUUUCAUU